UCCAAUCUCCUCUUCUCUCUCUCUCUCUCUCUUCAAACACCUACCUUCUCUCUGCUAAUGGGUUCGUCGUCCAACGGGUCACCGGCGAAGCCAUUCAAGUUCUUGAUCUACGGCAAAACCGGUUGGAUCGGUGGCUUAUUGGGCAAGCUCUGUGAAUCUCAGGGCAUUCAGUACACCUACGGUUCCGGGCGUCUCGAAUCACGUCAAACUCUCGUAGCCGACCUCGAUGCCAUCAAACCCACCCACGUCUUCAAUGCCGCCGGCGUCACCGGACGACCAAAUGUUGACUGGUGUGAGUCACACAAGGUGGAGACCAUCCGUACUAAUGUCGUCGGAACCUUGACACUUGCCGACGUUUGCCGUGAAAAGGGAUUGAUUUUGAUCAACUAUGCUACCGGUUGUAUAUUCGAGUAUGAUUCCGGCCAUCAGCUGGGUUCCGGCGUCGGAUUUAAGGAAGAGGAUUCACCCAACUUCAUCGGAUCUUUUUACUCCAAGACUAAAGCUAUGGUGGAGGAAUUGCUGAAGAACUACGAAAACGUGUGCACAUUGCGAGUAAGGAUGCCUAUUUCUUCCGAUUUAACCAACCCACGAAACUUCAUCACGAAGAUCAGCCGCUACGAUAAAGUGGUCGACAUUCCCAACUCUAUGACGAUACUCGACGAGCUCCUCCCAAUCUCCAUAGAAAUGGCAAAAAGGAACCUCACCGGGAUCUACAACUUCACCAACCCUGGUUGUGUCAGCCACAACGAGAUCUUGGAGAUGUAUCGUGAUUACAUCGAGCCAAGCUUCACGUGGAAGAACUUUAACCUUGAGGAACAAGCGAAAGUGAUCAUCGCUCCACGAAGCAACAACGAGCUUGAUGCGAUCAAGUUGAAGACCGAGUUUCCUGAGCUCUUGUCCAUUAAAGAGUCGCUUAUAAAGUACGUGUUCGGGCCCAAUCGUACAACCCCGGUCGCGGCUUGAUCGUAUCCUUUUCUCUAAGGAUUGAUAGUGUUUGGAGUUUAGUUUAUGUUUCACAUUCCGCAUGAUUGUUGUAUUUUAUUUUGUAUCAAAUUUGAUUACGAAUAAAAGUGUUGGAAAUUUAUAUGGCAAAA